UAUGUGAAUCCAGAGUUGCUGAGUUUGGAAGAGAAGCGAAACGUUGCUGUCCCCUCGGCUGCCAGCACCUUUCUCACUUGGGAUUGAGAGGAAGCGACGGAAGAGGGAAGAGAGGGAAGAAACGACUACAAAUUGACGAUGGCGGUGGGGAAGGAAGAGGUAGAGAUUUUUAAAGCUCGCUCGGACAAGAGGGAUUACAGAAGGAUUGUUCUACGGAAUUCGCUUGAAGUGCUUCUCAUCAGCGAUUCCGAUGCCGAUAAGUGUGCUGCUUCCAUGGACGUUGGUGUCGGCUCCUUCAAUGAUCCAGACGGUCUUGAAGGCCUUGCCCAUUUCCUGGAGCACAUGCUUUUUUAUGCCAGUGAAAAAUACCCGGUAGAAGAUAGCUACUCCAAGUAUAUUACCGAGCAUGGAGGAAGCACCAAUGCUUUUACAUCCUCUGAGCGCACCAACUAUCACUUCGAUGUUAACACUGAUGCUUUUGAAGAGGCUUUAGACAGAUUUGCUCAGUUCUUCAUUAAACCAUUGAUGUCUGCUGAUGCUACGACAAGGGAAAUUAAAGCUGUUGACUCUGAAAACCAGAAGAACUUGUUAUCUGAUGCUUGGAGAAUGAACCAGCUUCAGAAGCAUCUCAGUUCUGAGGACCAUCCAUUUCAUAAAUUCAGUACAGGGAACUGGGACACUUUGGAAGUUCAACCAAAAAACAGAGGAUUGGACACAAGAAGUGAGCUUAUCAAGUUCUAUGAAGAAAACUAUUCAGCCAAUUUGAUGCGUCUAGUUGUAUAUACAAAUGAAAGCCUUGAUAAAAUUCAAAAUCUGGUGGAAGAGAAAUUCUCAGAUAUUCGAAAUAUUGACCGAAGUUAUUUCCGUCCUCCUGGUCAGCCAUGCAAAUCAGACCAUCUGCAGAUUCUUGUCAAAACUGUCCCAAUCAAACAAGGUCAUAAAUUGAGAAUUGUAUGGCCAGUAACCCCUGAGAUUCUUUACUACGCGGAAGGGCCAUGCAGGUAUCUUGGUCAUCUUAUCGGCCAUGAGGGAGAAGGAUCAUUAUAUUACAUCUUGAAAACUUUGGGAUGGGCAACAGGCUUGUCUGCAGGCGAGUCAGAUUGGAAUUUGGACUUUUCUUUCUUUAAAGUUGUAAUUGAUCUUACUGAUGCUGGUCAUGAUCACAUACAGGACAUUGUAGGGCUGUUAUUCAAAUAUGUUGAGCUUCUACAGCACUCUGGUGUUUGCAAAUGGAUAUUUGAUGAGCUUUCAGCUAUUUGUGAGACCAAGUUCCAUUAUCAGGACAAGACUCCUCCAAUUAGUUAUGUAGUUAAUAUAGCAUCAAAUAUGCAGUUAUAUCCCCCCAAAGAUUGGUUGGUAGGGUCAUCUCUGCCUUCAAAAUUUAGCCCAACUGUUAUCCAAAUGGUGCUGAACCAGCUUUCUCCAAACAGUGUUCGAAUCUUUUGGGAAUCAAAAAACUUUGAAGGGCAUACUGAUAAGGUGGAGCCUUGGUAUGGAACUGCAUAUUCCAUUGAAAGAAUUACUAGUUCCACAAUCGAGGGGUGGGUGCUUUCUGCUCCUAAGAAAGACCUGUAUCUUCCAGCACCUAACAUAUUCCUUCCUACUGACUUGUCACUUAAGAUUGUGCAAGAGAAGGUUAAGUUUCCAAUUCUAUUAAGCAGGUCGUCAUAUUCAGCCUUGUGGUACAAGCCAGAUACAAUGUUUUCCACUCCCAAGGCUUAUGUAAAGAUAGAUUUCAAUUGUCCAUAUGCUGGAAAUUCCCCUGAAGCUGAAGUUUUGACUCAUAUUUUCACGCAAUUAUUGAUGGACUGCUUGAAUGAAUAUGCUUACUAUGCUCAGGUAGCUGGUUUGUAUUACGACAUAAGCCACACAGAUAGUGGUUUUCAGGUGACCCUCCUUGGUUAUAAUCACAAACUAAGAAUUCUACUUGAAACCAUAAUUCAAAAGAUUGCCACAUUCACAUUGAAGGAGGACAGGUUCCUAGUUAUUAAGGAAAUGGUUACCAAGGAGUACCAGAAUUUCAAGUAUCGACAACCCUAUCAGCAGGCUGUGUACUAUUGCUCAUUGAUACUACAAGAUAAUACUUGGCCUUGGAUAGAAGGGCUUGAAGUACUUCCGCUUCUUCAAGCAGAGGAUCUUGUCAAAUUUGUACCAGUGAUACUCUCAAGGACCUUUUUAGAGUUUUAUAUAGCAGGAAAUCUUGAAGACAACGAAGCAGUGUCAAUGGUUAGGCACAUAGAAGAUACUCUCUUUAAAUGUGAAAACUCUCCAUGCAAACCUUUAUUCCCAUCUCAGCAUUUGACAAAACGGGUUGUUAAGCUUGAAAGUGGCAUGAACUUUUUCUACCCUUCAGAAUGUCUCAAUACGAAUGAUGAGAAUUCUGCUCUUGUGCACUAUAUACAGGUUGGUCGUGAUGACUUCAAGAUGAAUGUUAAACUUCAGCUUUUUGCACUUAUUGCAAAGCAACCAGCAUUUCACCAGCUUCGAUCAGUUGAACAGCUUGGAUACAUUACUGUGCUCAUGCAGAGGAAUGAUUCAGGUAUACGGGGAGUACAAUUUAUCAUCCAAUCCACAGUGAAGGGUCCUGGAGACAUUGAGAAAAGAGUUGAGGCGUUUCUCGAGAUGUUUGAGAAAAAAGUUCUUGAGAUGUCAGUUGAAGAAUUCAAGGAGCAUGUAAACGCAUUGAUUGAGGUGAAGCUUGAGAGACACAAGAACUUGCGAGAGGAGUCAGCAUUUUACUGGCGAGAGAUUAAUGAUGGAACUCUGAAGUUUAAUAGGAGAGACCUAGAGGUUGCAGAAUUAAGGCAGCUCACUCUUCAAGAACUUGUGGAUUUCUUCAAUGAAUAUAUCAAAGUUGGUGCUUCACGAAAGAGUACAUUAAGUGUUCGAGUAUAUGGGAACCUUCAUUCUUCGGAUUUCAAAGCAGAAGCUUCGGAUCCACAUUCAGCUAAAAUAGAUGAUAUUUUCAGUUUUAGAAAAUCCCAUCCUCUGUAUGGUUCAUUUAAAGGACUAUCGGGUCAGGUGAAGUUUUAGAAAGUUGUAUCAGGACUAGGAUUGUGAAACUGCCUUACCUAUUAUUUUGGUGAGAAGAUUCUAGAAGAUUGAAAAUACCCAGCCUUCUCAUGUCAGCAUGAAAAAGAAGUUACCUCGUUAGAUGCUGUGAGGGCAAAGGCAGCCAUGAAUAAUCUCAAGCUGAUAAUGGUAUGUUAGUUAAUUUUUCCCGGUUUAAACGAAAUUGCAAGUUUCUUUUUUCUGACA